CGGAACUUAAGGAACGAAAAGGAGUUUUAGUGUGUGACAGCUGUUGGAAGCAGUGCGGCAUCUUGGUGGUCAUGACGGUGAACAUUAUAGUGGAAUAUUGUGAGCCUUGUGGGUUUAAAUCCCAUUAUGAGGAGCUGGCUAGUGCAGUGCGAGAGGAGUUCCCCGAUGUGUGUAUUGACUCUCGCCCUGGUGGAACAGGAGCUUUUGAAAUCGAAAUAAAUGGACAGAGGGUUUUCUCUAAGCUGGCACUAGGUGGCUUCCCAUACGAAAAAGAUUUGAUGGAGGCAAUUCGUAAAGCCAGCAGAGGAGAACCAGUGGAGGAGAUCACUAACAGCAGAGCACCCUGCGUCAUCUUGUAAGCAGCUGUUUCCCCUGCGUCCAGCUUUAUGACAUCAUCCUAAUUAUUUCCUUUAGGUUAACUAGAAUAUGUUUUC